AUGGCGAACGGACAAGCCAGGUUUCGACAGGCUGUCAGACGCAAGGAAUCGAUUGCGAAGUCAGAAACUUUCGACUGCGGAAUCUGUCAGACAGGCAGGCAAGCCAUGUAUCUAGCUAGCUGCUUGGUAGUGAUAGCACUAAGCCGGUACCCGAGAGAAGCUGACCCAGUUUUCGCCAGUAACCGGGGCACCCAGCAAGCAAGCGGUCGUCGUCAAGUGCGUACACAGAGUAGUAAGAGAAAAGAAGAGGACCCCGAUCGGCCAGUCAAGGGGAGGGGGACGGCGAGACCCAAUGAUAGCCGCCCACGUCAAGGAACGGGAGGGAAAAAAGAGGCGUCUAGCGUGGGAGUCAACAAGCACUGA